AUGACUCAGCUCCGAAGCUCCGAGGUCCAGCAGCUGCUACACAACAAGUUCGUGGUCGUCCUGGGGGACUCGGUCCAGCGCGCCGUCUACAAGGACCUGGUGCUGCUCCUGCAGAAAGACUGCCUGCUGUCCACUCGGCAGCUCAAGGCCAAGGGUGAGCUCAGUUUCGAAAGCGACAUGCUUCUGGAAGGUGGCCGGUGGGGUCGCAUGCAUAAUGGAUCAAACUACCGCGAGGUGCGCCAGUUCCGCACUGGUCACCACCAGGUGCGUUUCUACUUUCUGACGCGUGUAUACUCUCAGUACGUCGAGAGUGUUCUAGAAGAGCUGCGCUGGGACCAGCAUGCCCCAGACGUGGUCAUCAUGAAUUCCUGCCUCUGGGAUCUGUCCAGGUACGGUCAGGACUUUCCAAGAAGCUACAGGCAGGAUGUGAAGAGCCUGUUCCGGCGCAUGCAGCAGGUGCUUCCCCCAUCCUGCCUCCUGGUGUGGAAUACGGCCAUGCCCGUGGCCCAGGUGGUCUCUGGGGGCUUCCUCCCGGAGGACGGCCAGCCCGCGACCGCCCACUUGCGGGAAGACGUGAUCGAAGCCAACUUCUACAGCGCCAUUGAGGCUGGCCGGCGCGGCUUCGACGUGCUCGACCUGCAUUUCCAUUUCCGCCAUGCCUGGCAGCACCGCCUGGGAGACGGCGUGCACUGGGACAAGUACGCGCACAGGCACCUGUCCCAGCUCCUGCUGGCCCACCUGGCCGAUGCCUGGGGCGUGGACCUGCCCCAGCGCCACUCCCAGAGCCUCUGGGACAGAGUUGCUGCUCCCAUUAGCCAACGUCCAGCCAUCAUGGACAGAUUGGUAGAAACCGAAGGUGACCAAGACAGAUCAGCCUGUGCCGCAGCAUCAUUCCGUUUUUGGGUUGGGAACAAGGGUUUGGAUGAAGACAGUGAGGAAGGAUUGAUUUCAGAGAUAUUUGUGGUUAAAACCUCAGGCUUUGCUGAUGGGUUGGACUGGGGCAUCAAGAAAAGGAAAUAG